GAAUCCAUCCACACUGAUUACAAACACGGAAAUUAAGAAGGUGGACGUCAGCGUUGCACGACUGCAGGAUUCAUAGUCUAUGGAUUUUCUGCAGCUGCUAUCAUGUGCGUGCAUCAUUUUCACCGUCGGGAUGUUCACGACGGGAUUGACAGACUUGAAGAAAAUGAAGGCCACACAGAGUGCAGAUAACGUACAGUUUCUGCCCUUCCUCACCACAUGCUUGAAUAAUCUAGGUUGGCUCUACUAUGGAUUACUAAAGGGAGAUGGAACAUUGAUAUCUGUAAACAUCAUUGGGGCCUUUUUACAGACCUUAUACAUCAUCACCUACUGUCACUAUACCAAAGACAAGAAGCGAGUGUUCUCGCUGACACUGGCGAUGGUGAGUGUGUUGUGUGUAGGCUGGGUGUAUUUUACUGUGGUUAUUCCUCCUGGAGAAGCUCAACUCUCUCAGCUGGGCCUGGCCUGCAGUGUGUUCACCAUCAGUAUGUACCUCUCUCCACUCGCUGAUCUCCUGGAUAUUGUGCGAACUAAGUCUGUGGAGCGCUUGUCUUUUUCCUUGACCGUCGCUACAUUUUUCACAUCAACAUCAUGGACGCUGUAUGGCCUUCAACUGCAUGACUAUUAUAUCAUGGUGCCCAACACCCCUGGCAUCUUUACUAGCAUCAUUCGCUUCUUCCUCUUCUGGUGGUUCGGAGCUGUGAUUCCAAACAAGUCCUCCUAUAAAUUGAUCCAAAUCUGAGAGAGGAUUUUGAUUGAAUGUGAUUGAAUUGAAUGAAUUGCCUUCUCUACUUUCCUUUACCCAAGCCAGACAUUCUGGUUUCCUUCACAUCUGACUUUCAUGAUGCCAUCUGAACUCAGAGCUCUAGUGAAACUGCCACUUUAAAUUCUGUGAAGACAGACAGUUUUCACUUUUUUCUUUGUCUUUUUAGGCAAAGGCAUAAUUUACCCAAAAAUGAAAAUCCUGUCAUAAUUUACUCAUCAUCAUGUUAUUCUGUGUUAGUGACUUCCUUUUGAGGAACAUGAAGUCAGUGGUAAAUCAAUGGUAAACAAAACUGUUCAGCUGCCAACAUUCUUCAAAAUGUCAUCGCUUGCUCAAAAAAAAAAAAAAAAAAAAUACAAAUUGUGAAUUUACUCACUUAUAUUAUUCCAAACCUGUAUGACAUAUUUUCUGCUUUUUCUGCAUGAAAUGUCGAAGAAUUGGAACAGUAGCUUUCAGUGUCAACAUUAUACUAUAGUUGUCAUCAUAUCAAGUUUUCUGAAGCUGUAAGUUAAGAUUUAAUAAACUAAAAAUCUUGAUCUUAGCUCUUCUUGGCACCUGUUUCAUGAACAAAUUAUUCUUGGUCUUUUUAAUGAAUUUGUUCAUUCAUCUGAAUAACUCCAGCUCAAGUAUGACUGAUCCAGUUCUUGAGCUCACUGGAGGGAAUAUUAUCAGAUUAUCAUUUAAACUUAUAUGAAGCAAACAUGUCUUUAAGAUUUAUUUUAUGAUACUUGUAUAUCAUGAAAGUUCCUGUACACUUUUUUUUUUUUUUUUUUUUUAAUUGGGUGGAAAAGAAUCUUCUCAGAAUGUCUAAGUAAGUCAUACAGGUUUUGAAUGAAUAAGGAUGAGUAAAUAAUGACAGUACAUUAAUAUCUUUUGAAUUUUAAGUUCUCUGAGUGACAGAUUAUUUUCACUUGAUCUUUUUGGUUAAUCCUUGUAUGGAUGAGGAUGCUCUCAGUUUGUUUGCAGGUAUUUCUUAGGUAAUAGGUGUUCAAAUCUGCAAACACAACAGACCUUUAACCGAGAGCUCAAACCUGUUUGUUCCCUUAUGAAAAUUAACCAUAGAUUUAUUAUAGUAAAAGUGUAGUAACCAAGUUUUUUUGGCUGUUUGGUUACCAUUUGAAUAACCAAAGUUUUACUACAAAUACUAUGGUUAGUGUAGCCAAACCAUGUGGUUAAUUUGUGGUUACUAUAAUUUAACUACAAUAACCAUGGUUGUUUUUUUUGUUGUUGUUGUAGAAAAACCAUGGUUAAUUUUCAUAAGGGUUGUUUCAGCCCUUUCUCUGAAAGUGAUGUGUUACUGUUAAGCAGGUACAGUUCUAUUACUUAAUGAAUGUAGUGUGUUCAGGUUGUUAAGUAAUCAUAGGGUACUUUAUUAUAAUAUCAUUCUUAAUUGUGUCCAUAUGGCAGUUUGGCAGCUAUUUAAUCAUUAUCCAACUCAAGGGACAAAAUGCCCAAAAGAAACAUUAUGUGCAUAAAACCUUCCUUUGUGCAGAAGAAUAACACAAACAUAGAAAAUUAGUUUGACUGAAUGAUGUUUAAUUCAAAAUAUCGGUCUCUGAGAUUUCAGGAAACAGGACAUUUUGUAUGUCUCUGUUCACAAUUCUCGUUUUGUAGCUGGAAAAAAAAAAAGUUGUUUUUCUUAAUACUGUCACUGUCAGAACAUUGUUCUUUACAAUGAGCCAAUAAAAACAAUAAUAUAAAUAAACAAUAACUUUAUACAUUCCCCUCCCUCAGAGAAAACCAAAGUUGCACUAAUCUGAAAGGCUUUAUUAACUGAGUUGCGGUGACAGUCAGGAUAUAAGGGGAGGAAUAAUCAGCAAGUUUACUUUUAUUUAAAUUUACAUAUUCAUAACCUGUAAGAUUAAACGCUUAAUGGUGCGUAUGCUAAACUGGUUUGAUCUGUGAUAGACAAACUUUAAUUAUAUAUCUUACUGUACAUUAUUCAUAUUUUAUUCACUACAGCCUUUCCAAGUCUCCAAGACUGGGCUUUGUGAAUAUAAAAAAAGGGUUAUUAUGAUCAUUUAAAACAUAGCAACUUUGUUUUAUUGUUAUAUUGUUUAUGGCUUUGGUGUUGUAAGUUCAUUUUUUGUGAGUGUUUUUAUGUUCCUUUGUACGAUUUUAUAUCCUAUGCAACAGUGUGUAUUAUAUCUAAGGGGAUUUAGAGGGAUGUUCUUUCUGGAGUUUACUGAAAAAAUCGCUCAAAUAAAUUUUACAUAACAUAUAA